AUGGGCCCUUGCGCCAUCGAUCCCCACAUAUCAUCAUCAACAAAUCGUGACCAUAGCUUUUGUCACGCAGGUCAGGACACUGCGAUGCUCGUUUACCCAAGACUUCUUCAGGAGAGGUCUUCCGACGGGAGGAUGGUGGUCCACGUGCACGAUGACCUCACGCUGAACCUCAGGAAAUCAUCAGUUGCAGCCGGUGAAAUCCGUGUGCUGACGGAGGAGGACGGACGCCGGGUCACGCGAUUUUACAACGGGGAUGAUAUUGAGAAACAUCUUUACGAAGACGAAGAAAAAAUUGCUUCUGUCAUGCUGACCACAACGGAAAACGGUGUCCGCAUGGAAGGACUAGUGGGACCGAGACACCGGAUCCAGCCAACGCAGAUCUCGGAGAGAUCUGAAGAUGGCGUGGUGCCUCAUGAGAUCCACGAAAUUGAGCAGAAGGAAAUGUUGGAUAAAACUCUCACUUACAGACGUGAAGCUCCAGAUGUUCCCAGUGAGAGAGCAUCGUGGUACACAGGCAGCGUUCCGGACUUCGUAACUGUGGAAGUUUUCAUAGUUUCUGACAUAAGGCAUAACAGCUACUUCAGACAUACGGAGCACGAACUGCGGUAUUUGUGCAUUUUGAUAAACGCUCACUUCCGGUUCACCUACUGA